UCUGAGCAAAAGAAGAAGGGUGAGGGAAAGUACGAGCUUUGUGCUUGUACAAUGGUGUGGAACCAAGCUUUUGCGUUGCGAGAGUGGAUUUUGUAUCAUGCUUGGCUUGGAGUCGAGAGAUGGUUCAUUUACGAUAAUAAUAGCGAUGAUGGAAUAGAAGAAGUUGUUUGGGAACUUGACCUCGAGGACUACAAUGUCACUAGACACGUGUGGCCGUGGAUCAAAACUCAAGAAGCCGGUUUUUCACAUUGUGCUCUCAGAGCAAAACGUGAAUGCAAUUGGGUUUCUUUUAUGGACGUAGACGAGUACUUCUACUUCCCCUAUUCAACGCCACGACACCAAAGAUUUAGAGAAUUGGGUUAUGCAGGACAGAAUUCACUUCGUACCUUGGUGUCAAAAUUUUCAUCAUCACCGAACACCAUAGGAGAGAUCAGGACAUCUUGCCACAGUUUUGGACCAUCUGGAUUGAAUUCACCUCCCUCACAGGGCGUUACAGUGGGUUACACUUGUCGUCUUCAGAGUCCCGAGAGGCAUAAAUCUAUAAUUCGACCAGAUGCACUGGAUGCUACACUUCUCAAUGUGGUGCACCAUUUUCACUUAAGGAAAGGAUUUGAGUACCUUAAUCUCCCCGAGAGCACAGCCGUACUCAAUCACUAUAAAUACCAAGUAUGGGAAGUUUUUCGAUCUAAGUUUUACAGACGAGUCGCCACAUAUGUCGCUGAUUGGCAACAAAACCAAAACGAAGGUUCAAGAGACCGAGCACCUGGGUUGGGAACGGAGGCAAUUGAACCACCCGAUUGGCCACUGAAGUUUUGUGAGGUUUGGGAUACUGGAUUGAGAGACUUUGUUUUAUCGAACUUCGCUGAUAUUUGGACUGGUUUGCUGCCUUGGGAGCGGUCUCCUUCACGAUGACUUAAAUCCUGAAUUCUUGGCGCUUUAUCGCCUUAAAAUAUAAAGGAAAAAAUUACAUAAAUUGUCAAUUCAUUU